CUUAUUCAGAGGGUGUGAGUAUAGAAGCAUAAAUCAGAUACAGACAGGCAGAGUGGCUACUGCACAGAUCAUGGAGAAGCAAGUUACAAUAUCAGAAGAUCUUGCUGUCACCCUGCAGGAGUUUGAUGAUGCUCUGCAUGACUUCUCCAGAGGACCUUGUGACUCAGAGGAGCGACUGAAGCAACUGAAGAAGCAGCUCCAGUCGUCUUGUGAUAGUGGCAUCAGCGAUUCAGAAAGUUGCAUCUCUUCCAAGGGGAGCAGCCGUUGCACCAGUGAGGAAAAUCUAAACAACUACAGCACCAACUCAAAUCACGCCAAGGCAAAACUAGGUGACACACAAGAGCUUGAAAAUUUCAUUGCUGAUCUGGAUAAAGUGUUAAAUGAUCUGUGAAAUGAGAAGUUUAAUUUCAAAAUGAAAGUAGCAUAUCCUGUUUAUUCUUGGAAACUAAAUAUAGAAAAAAAUGUUGAAAGUACAGUACCACAAGGAAUGCGGUAGAGUGACGUCAAGUGAUUCUGUCUUAUUUGUAUAUAUUGUAUGAUAAUAAUUUGAUACUUUUUAAAUGCAUAUAUUUUGUUUAUUAAAAAAUAAAGAGUUUGUAUAAACUGUCUAUUUCUAUCUUGAA